GCUCGGGGCGGAGCUUAAGGGGCAUGCUUAGUGACGUGUCAGGAGCUGAUUGGGGUUUACUUCGCGCGCUGGAGAAGGGCAAGAGGAAGUUGUACUCGGGACUGAGGGGAGGAGAAACGGGGGUGGUCAUUGGGAAGAUAAGCCGUUGUUUUGGGCUUCAGCCAUGUUAGACCACCACCACAUAAUAAUUCAGCAAUUCAUACGUAGGCAGGAACCUAUCAGUAUUAAGAGAGGCAGAAGUAUGUGGUAUUCUAGGAAACAAAGGAAAGAUGUUUUAGGGUGGAGGAUGUGGUCAGCAGUAUUUCAACAGGGCCAAAUUUAAAUGAAGGUUUUAAAAGUGUUUUCAGAUUUGUGAUAUGGAAAUUUAGUAAGGCAGGUGGUGGCGGUCGAUUAAGAGACUGCAAUCUCUUAAAGAAGUGGGAAGUGCCGAAGAAGAAACCAGUUCUUGCCAACACUAGCAGAGGACAGAAACAGAGCGAAGGCUCCUCCUCUGCUCUUCAGACCUCUCCCCAAAGAUCCGCGGGGUACAGAUCCCUAAGCGGGAUACAGAUCCCUAAGCGCAGGUCCUUCCUGGAAUAAGGGGUGACCCCAGGGCUCGUGACGCUCCAGGUCUAGUCCGCUGCACUGCUCGCUGAAGCACUAAGCCUGUGCCAGGAGAUUUUAGACGCCCAGAGACUUCCUUCGACAUAACCCUCGCCGCCAACUGGGGAGUGUGCGCCCUCUCCCCAAAUUUCCCCCACCGCCUGGCGCGUGGGCAACCCCCGUGACAGCCCUGGGCACCGGAAGCCACGGCCUCUGGAGCCUCGGGUUCAGCUUCCGGCUCAGGACGAAUCUCGCGGGGAGGCGCUUACAAGGUUCCGGGCCGCGGACGGUCCUCCCGGCGCGCCGGCUGGCAGGUCCGCCGCGCCCCCAGGCGGUUGCCGCAAGCGCGCCCUUGGCGGGUGCCGCCGCGCUGCGCAGCCCGGCCGGGAGGGGGCGGGAGCGGCCGGCGCUGAGAGGAGGUCGGCUGUAGGCCAGGCCGUCGAGCGGUUCCCGCCGUCCCGGAACGCGCCAUGCUGCGCUGGCUGCGGGGCUUCGUGCUGCCCGGGGCGGCCUGCCAGAGCCACGACGACUACCUGCGCUACCAGACCCUCUUCGAACGCCUGGACCACAACGGAGACGGCGUGGUGGACAUCCUGGAGCUCCAGGAGGGGCUGAAAAACUGGAACUCCGCCUUUGACCCUGAUUCGGAGACGGCUAUUCUUAAUGCUGGAGGUACCAAUGCUGACUCAGGAUUGGAUUUUGAAGAAUUUGUGCGGUAUCUUCAAGACCAUGAGAAAAAAAUGAAGCUGGCAUUUGACAGUCUGGACAGAAAUAAGGAUGGAGUAAUAGACACUGCAGAAAUAAUUGCUGCUAUGAAAUCAUUGGGUGUAAAUAUUUCGGAAGCUCAGGCAAACAACAUUGUGAAAAGCAUGGAUAGCGAUGGGACACUGACAAUAGACUGGAAUGAAUGGAGAGACUAUUUUUUACUUUAUCCUGCAACAAGUGUCAAUGAAAUUAUUCAUUUCUGGAAGCGUUCUACUAUAAUUGAUAUUGGAGAGAGUAUAGCUAUUCCAGAUGAAUUUACCAAAAAAGAAAAGGAGUCUGGGGAUUGGUGGAAGCGCUUGGUGGCAGCAGGAAUAGCCGGUGCAGUCGCACGGACAUGCACUGCACCUUUGGACCGCUUGAAAGUUGUGAUGCAGGUUCACAGUUUGAAGACAAGGAAAAUGAGAUUGAUUAAUGUGUUUCAGCAGAUGGUAAAAGAAGGAGGAAUACUUUCUCUUUGGCAAGGAAAUGGUAUAAAUGUUUUUAAAAUUGCACCAGAGACAGCAAUUAAGAUUGGGGCCUAUGAACAGUAUAAGAAAUGGCUUAGUUUUGAUGGUACUCAUAUAGGAAUUCUUGAAAGAUUUAUAGCUGGUUCAUUAGCUGGUGCAACUUCCCAGACCUGUAUUUACCCCAUGGAGGUAAUAAAGACCAGACUUAUUGUAGCUAAAAGUGGAGAAUAUUCUGGAAUUUUUGAUUGUAUCAAGAAGCUUCUGAAGCACGGGGGUGUGCACACCUUUUUCAAAGGUUACAUUCCCAACCUGCUGGGCAUCAUACCUUACGCAGGCUUAGAUCUUGCAGUUUAUGAGAAUUCAACUAUGAAUCCAUCAGGACCUGGACUUUUUUUAUUGCUUUUGAAGAAUUAUUGGCUAGAACAUUAUGCAGAAAACUCUGUAAACCCCGGAAUAAUGAUUUUGCUGGGCUGUAGUACAUUGUCUCAUACUUGCGGGCAGUUAACAAGUUUCCCUCUGUAUCUUAUUAGAACUCGCAUGCAGGCUGAAGCCCUGGUGGAAAAAGAACAAAUACCUAUGAUUCGACUCAUUCAAGAAAUAUACAACAAAGAAGGAAAAAAAGGAUUUUUCAGGGGCCUCACUCCUAACAUCAUAAAGGUGCUUCCUGCAGUAAGCAUCGGCUGUGUGGCUUAUGAAAAAGUCAAACCGUAUUUUGGAUUAACCGAGAACUGAAAUAUCAAGCUGUUAUCAUCGCCAUAAUCACUAAAUUAUAAUUUCUAGAUUAUAAAGAUUACCUUGUCCUAAGGGAAAGAAAUAUCAAGUAAUUAUUAAAAUUUGUAUCUAUUAUAUUUAUUAUAAAAGAUAAAUAAUAAUUUUGGCAAAGUUCUUUAAGUAACUUUAAAUCUUUAACAUCCACAGAAUUCUUUUUAUAUUUCCUGCUACUUUCUGUUGAAUCCUAAAUUAAACUUUGUUUUUGAUUGGAUUUAAAUAUGAUAUAGAGUAACAUUAUAAAUUAGUUGAUCAGU